AUGGACAAUCCCAAGCCGCGUUACAGCAAGCGACUGGUGGACAUGAUUGACUGGGUGGACAACAUGUGGCCACGACACUUAAAAGAAAGACAAAGAGAUUCUACAAACUCUAUCACUGAGAUGCAAUACCCCAAAGUGCAGAAGUACUGCCUAAUGAGCGUGCAGGGCUGUUACACAGAUUUCCACAUAGACUUUGGAGGCACAUCUGUGUGGUACCACAUACUGCAGGGCUGCAAGGUGUUUUGGUUAAUCCCACCAACGCCACAAAACCUGGAGCUUUAUGAGAACUGGGUGUUGUCAGGGAAACAAGGCGACAUCUUCCUUGGUGACAAGGCCACUGAUUGCCAAAGGAUUGAGCUCAAGCAGGGCUACACGUUCAUUAUUCCAUCAGGUUGGAUCCAUGCGGUGUAUACUCCAGUAGACGCACUUGUGUUUGGUGGGAACUUUCUACAUAGUUUCAACAUCCCCAUGCAACUGCACAUCUCCAGCAUUGAGGACAGGACACGGGUGCCAGCUAAGUUCCGGUAUCCAUUCUAUUAUGAGAUGUGCUGGUACGUGUUGGAGCGUUAUCUGUACAGCAUAACCAACACCUCCCACCUCAUCCCUGAGUUCCAGAAAUACUCUCUGGGAAUUGGCUUGAAGCGGGAAGGCUCAGGCUGCGAGGUACUGAAUGGACAUGCUAAAGAGGAAAGAGAUGACAGCGACGCUCCCUCUCCACCUAAUGCACCAGGGGUGAAGCUUCACUUGACUCCUUUUGAGCUGGAGGGGCUGUGGCACCUGGUGGGGAAGCUGGAGUCGUUGCCCUCACAUAAGAAUUGUGUGCCUUCAGGAAUACACAACGCUGCUGCCCUGCUACAAGACAUACGGGAAUUAUUGAAAGAACAUGCCAAUGACAUCCCUAAACUCUCUUACACUGGAAAACCUAUUGUCAGAUGGCCAAAGAGGCCCCCCUGGUACCAGCCCCCUCCUCCCCCUCCACCUGUUAUUCGUCCCAAGCUGGCAACCACACCCGUUAUUCCUCGACCAGUGAAACCAGCCUCUAAUAUGUCGGUCCUACGACGGCGCCGCGUGCGCUGUAAACGCUGCGAGGCAUGUAUGCGCAAAGAAUGUGGCGACUGCAACUUCUGCAGAGACAUGAAGAAAUUCGGUGGACCUGGCAAACUCAAACAGACCUGUGUGCUGCGCCAGUGUCUCGCUCCUGGUCUGCCGCUCUCUGCUGUAUGUGAGAUCUGUGGGGAAGGCAACCAGGACACUGGUGAAGAGCUCAUGGAGUGCUCCAACUGUGCUCAGAUUACACAUCCUAUUUGUUUGAAGGGACAAACAAGCAUUAUUACUUCAGACAGCAAUUCAAUAGAUGUCUCAAAAUGCUUUAUUCAGAUUCAUUCAUCUUUGAGCAUUUCGUCAGGUAGCGGUGAUGACAUCACAGCACAGGAUGGGUCAGGGGGGCGAGGGGGCGAGGGCGGGGCAUGGCACAGGGUCGGGCAGCCCCCCACUUCUCUCUCAUAUGGGUCGCUCCAGAACCGAGCCUCAGCCCCUGAGCAGCGGCUCAGGAAGCGGCUAAAAUUGGAAGGUGGUAAAACACAUAAACGCAAGUCUUCAUCUCUUGAUCCUCGCGUGGCUAAGAUCUAUCGGCGUCAUGGGAUGGAACACGAUGAUGAUUCGGGCAGUGAUGAUGACAGUGGCAAGAUGUCAUCUGUCCGAGGCGGGGUCUCUUCGUCCCGCCGAGGUUAUGGAGCUGGUAGACGAGGUGUUUGGAGAGGCUCCUCGCAUCGAGGGAGUCGAGGGGGAGGCAGCUUGGCAACAGGUUUGCUGAAAAUGAGGCGGGGACUUGGGGCAAGAGGGGAGAGAGGGGGUCGGGUGAGGUUAAGAGGAGGAUCCCACAUGAGACGACGGCGCUAUGAAACUGAUGAUGACGAAGACGACGACGAUGAUGAUGAUGAUGAUGAGGAGGAUGAUGAUGAUGAGGAUGACAGUGAUGAAGAGAGACAUCUUGGCCGGUCAGAUAAGGAGCAUCGUUCAAGGAGACGGAGGCAGAGAGGUGGUGACUAUGAUGAUGACGACGACGACGAGGAUGAUGAUGAUGAGGAAGACGGUGAGGAACAGGACUUUGAAGGAGAGGACGAUGAGAUGGAAGACUUGGAUGAUGGAGGAGAGGAAGAUGAAGAUGAUGAGGAUGGAGAGAACCAAUCAGACUCUGAUCCUGACCCACCCGUCUUACUAGUCUCAGACUUGAACGAUGACCUGCUGAGUGAUUCCUACCUGACUGUGACCCUCCAGCGUCCUCCAAAGGCCAAACGGGACCCCGGCUCCAUUGUACCCAAACUGGAGGCGGCUAUGUCUCCCCGAACACCUGGCGGUCCUGGUUUUAUCCAGCGCAAAACGCUACCCAGGACCCGACUCAGGAACAGCACCUUGACGCCAGCCGGAAAUGGCCUCUCUCAGUCCAAAAGCGUGCACACAUCCAGCUGCCUCACGAGGCGGAGCUCCAACCAGGACAGUCGAGAGAGAGACACGGCGUCACAGUCCUCUAUGUCUUCUCGAUCCUCUGUUUCUCCACCUCCUCCUCCAGCCAUCACCACUUCUUCUCCUCCUUCCCUCCUCUCUCAUCCCUCAUUCCGUGACGUAGGAAACGAGCGUGGCUGUGAAAAGGACAUUUGGAUGUCUGUGUUCUGUUACUUGGGUCGGACGGAUUUGGCUGUGUGUAUGAGAGUCUGCAAGGCUUGGUACAAGUGGUGUUGUGAUAAGCGCUUCUGGACACAGAUAGAUCUGAGUCGGUGUCGGGCACUCAGUCCUCAGGCUCUGUCAGCCAUCAUAAAACAACAACCUGUGGCACUUGACCUCUCCUGGACACCAGUAUCAAAGAAACAGAUUGCCUGGCUCAUUCAUCACCUCCCAAGUUUGAAAGAUCUAAUAAUGUCAGGUUGCUCGUCAUUAUGUGUGUCAGCGUUAAGUACACAGAGCUGUCCGGGUUUGCGAACCCUUGACCUGAGCUGGGCCGUGGGUGUCAAAGAUUCACAAAUAAAAGACAUUGUGCAGCCAAGCAGUGAAAGUCGCAGUCGACUGAGAGGUUUGCUCACUCUGCGCUUGGCUGGUUUGGAUGUGAAUGACUCCACCCUGAAGAUGAUCGUCAGACAUAUGCCUUCACUGCGCCGGUUAGAUUUGUCCCACUGCCAGGGGCUCACAGACCAGUCCAUCAACCUGCUCACCGCUACUGGCUGCAACACUCGCAACACACUCAGACAGCUCAAUCUUUCAGGUUGUAGUAAGUUGACAGAUGCUUGUCUGUCCUAUAUGAAGCGACUAUCGGCUCUGGUUCUGUUGGAUCUGCGGGGCUGUAGGAACGUGACUCGACGCGGCUGUGAAAACUUAAUCUCUGACCUGUCCUACUGCACCGUAUUCUGCCUGACCGAGGACAAACUCAUUCAGAGAAUAUCAUAACAUGCACACACAAACACACACAUAUACAUACACACACAGUCUCCGCACAGCUCUGCUUAGCGAGCUCACGAGUGCUCCAUCCCACUCAAUGUAGGCUCAUCUGGCCUCAAUGGGAGGAUGAGGCUGAAGAAAAGAGACGGAUGGAAGGAUAUGGCCUGCUGUUCUAGAAGAAGUGUAAAAACAGGCUGACAGGAGAGGUUAUUUUCAGCGCUGUCUUCAAGUAAAGUGGUAAAGGAUUUUAUUCCCACAACCCAUGAGACUGAUGCAGACACAUCCAGUGUGUGGCUUUUUCUUCUCUGGGCAUUCAGCCUAAUCCAGAGUGACUCCUUCAGAGGAUUUUGCUGAUAUGCUUGAAACUGAACUUUACAGUCCAGCCCAGGUGGGAUUUGGUCAAGAGAUUCGAUCCAUGUGUGGCCGCUGACGUUGCAGCAAAUUGAAGCAAGGAGAAAGAAAAUGACAGACAUGGCACGUCCUGAUAGUUCUCAACUGCCACAACUUGAUCAAAGAAUAUAGUGGCAACACAGGAUGAAUCUAAAUCUGAAUCAUAAAGACUUCAGCAUACCGAUCCAGAUCGUUCACUCAUGCUUUCUUAGUGACUUUGUCUGAACGCAGAUUUUGGUCGUUCAACCUUUCCGAAGGUUCUGCUGCCUGGAUGUUUGUAGACAUUUAACACCACACGAAGUUUUUACUCGCUCGCACCUAACAAAAACCACUCUUUCUUUGUUUUCUUUCGUCUGAUGUUUUGUUCUUCUGCUUCAGUCAUCUCAAAUGGGUGAUUCACCUGCAUUCUCCUGUCCUGUCUAAACUUAGAGGGCUGCUCACAGUUAAGGCUCAAUUAUUCAUUUACCCUUGAAAAGCUAUAAUUUAAGUGCAACUUGUAGCAACACAAUAGCAAUUCUUUUCUGAGGACUUUUUAAACAAAUGUUUGUUUUUUUUGUUUAUUUUUCAUGAAAA